ACUUACAAAGAAAGGACCUCGUCUAGAGUUAAUAGUCUAAUUCUAUUACAGUCAAACUUUUCGCCAUCCGAAAAACUGCUACUUUCUCUUCUUUUCUGUCUUCUUCCUCCUUCCAUGGCUCGGAGAUCCACUCCAUCCCUUAUAAAGCACCUCAUUAAAACCUCUCCAGGCCAAAACCCCACUAAUCCAUGGCUUCUAUGUUCAAGAUCCGUCACCUACAUGCCCCGACCCGGAGAUGGAGCCCCCCGAAAAGUCACCUUAAUUCCGGGUGACGGUAUCGGACCUUUGGUAACAGGCGCAGUUGAACAAAUCAUGGAAGCUAUGCACGCCCCAGUUUAUUUUGAGAAGCAUGAAGUACAUGGAAACAUGAAGAAGAUUCCAGAAGAAGUUUUGGACUCAAUUAAGAGGAAUAAGAUUUGUUUGAAAGGUGGUUUAGCUACUCCCGUGGGUGGUGGUGUCAGUUCUUUGAAUGUACAAUUGAGAAAAGAGCUUGAUUUGUAUGCUUCUUUGGUCGAUUGUUUUAAUCUUAAAGGGUUACCAACCAGACAUCAGAAUGUUGAUAUUGUUGUAAUUAGAGAGAAUACUGAAGGGGAGUAUUCUGGACUUGAACAUGAGGUUGUUCCUGGCGUCGUUGAGAGUCUUAAGGUGAUAACAAAGUUUUGCUCAGAGCGUAUUGCAAAAUAUGCAUUUGAAUAUGCUUACCUCAAUAACAGAAAGACAGUGACUGCUGUACACAAAGCCAACAUCAUGAAGCUUGCAGAUGGUCUUUUCUUGGAGUCUUGUAGAGAAGUUGCUAAGAAAUAUCCUGGCAUCAAGUAUAAUGAGAUCAUUGUGGACAAUUGUUGCAUGCAGCUUGUAUCUAAGCCUGAACAGUUUGAUGUCAUGGUGACACCAAAUCUAUAUGGAAAUCUCGUGGCAAAUACUGCUGCUGGUAUAGCUGGUGGUACAGGAGUAAUGCCUGGAGGCAAUGUGGGAGCAGAAAACGCUGUAUUCGAGCAAGGUGCUUCAGCAGGAAACGUUGGGAGCUAUGAAAUCGUGAAAGAAAAGAAAGCAAACCCAGUUGCUCUUUUACUCUCUUCUGCAAUGAUGUUAAGACAUGUCCAGUUUCCAUCAUUUGCUGACCGAUUGGAGACUGCCGUAAAAAGAGUGAUAGCCGAGGGCAAGUAUCGAACACCAGAUCUCGGAGGUAACAGCACUACGCAAGAGGUAGUUGAUGCCAUUAUAGCAUCUCUAGACUAAUAUUCUCCCUGGUUCCCAACUCCAAAGCCUAAUUUUUAUGGUCCGAACAAUCAAGAUCUUCUCAAGAUUUGGCAAAUACUUCGAUUUUUGAAUAAUAAUUUAUUUAAAUUUUGAUAUAAUAGGAUAUUUAUUACUUUAUAUGGAAGCUAUUUCCGUAUUUUCUGUUUCCGUUUCUUCAUUCUGCACUAUCCAAGAUGUCAUUCGAUUAUACGAUACCGGAAGUUGAUAUGCAUUAUAGCCAAGUGCUUGAAGCUGUUGAGUUUAUUCCCAGUAUGUUUACUGCCAAUUUGUGCUUAAAUGAGCUACCUGAGUGCUCUUGUAUAACAUUUAAUGAAACACAAGAGGACCUUCAUGAAGUAUGAAGGGCUUAUACCAACUUAUCAAGUCUACUUUUAUGGUGUUCUAAAUGAUAUCCUUAAAAGUUUGGAUC